ACACCCACCCCACCAAUGGCCCCAUCGAACCUUACUCCACCCCCCUCCUCAAUUCACCUUCCCCACACCCAACCCAAAACCAUUUCACUCACAGUACUCUCACCGACUCCCCACCAUAACAACACAACUCUGCUUCAACACAAAUAUACUCUGUUUUCUCUCCCAUUCUGUGUCUUGAAAUACUCGACUGGGUAUUUGGUUUUGAGAGAGUUUGGUAAUGGGUCGGGAGGGUUUCAUUGUGCCAAUGGAGACCCAAGCGUCGUUGAAGAAGAAAACGGCGGUUUCGUGGCGGUGGAUGCUGAUGGACGACAGUGGAGAGGGCGCGGUUCUGGAUUUGGACAAGUACGAUAUCAUGCGCCGCGUGCCGAUUCACGCUAGAGAUCUUCGGAUUCUUGACCCCAUGUUGUCUUAUCCUUCCAUUAUUUUGGGCCGAGAACGAGCUAUUGUUCUCAAUUUGGAGCACAUUAAAGCAAUCAUCACGAGUGAAGAGGUAUUGCUUCGAGACCCGCUAGAUGAUAAUGUUAUCCCUAUCAUCGAAGAACUACAGAGAAGACUGCCCCCAGUGAAUGCCAUAUGCAAAGGCCAAGUAGAGGAUGAGGAGAAUCAUGGAGCAAAAGACGAUGUUGAAUCCGUUGAACAGGAAUCCCCGUUUGAGUUCCGGGCUCUAGAGGUAGCUCUAGAAGGCAUAUGUAGCUUCCUUGAUGCGAGGACGAGAGAAUUGGAGACUGCUGCAUACCCAGCUUUAGAUGAGCUGACCUCAAAGAUUAGCAGCCGGAAUUUGGAUCGAGUGCGUAAACUAAAGAGUGCAAUGACAAGGCUAACUAGUCGGGUACAAAAGGUAAGGGAUGAACUAGAACAACUUCUUGAUGACGAUGAUGACAUGGCAGAUCUAUACUUGUCAAGAAAAUCGGUUAAGGCGUCAUCGCCUAAUAGUGCUUCUAGCAUUCCUGAUUGGGUCCCUCCAUCUCCUACUAUAGGUUCGAACUCGAAGAUAUCCAGAAUAAGUAGGGCAAGUUUGACGACUAUCAACGGACAUAAUGAUGUCGAGGAACUUGAAAUGUUGCUUGAGGCUUAUUUUAUGCAGAUUGAAGGUACCUUGAACAAACUUACCACGUUGCGUGAAUAUAUCGACGACACAGAGGAUUACAUCAACAUUCAGCUGGAUAAUCACCGUAAUCAGCUGAUUCAGCUGGAGUUAUUCCUAAGUUCUGGGACUGUUUGUUUGUCUAUAUAUUCAUUGGUGGCUGCUAUAUUUGGCAUGAAUAUACCUUACACAUGGAAAGAAGGCCAUGGCUAUGUAUUCAAAUGGGUGGUCAUCCUCGCAGGACUUCUCUGUGGAUCCAUUUUCUUAUCGAUAGUUACAUAUGCACGGCACAAAGGUCUCGUCGGGUCUUGAUGCAUUUGCAGUUAGUUCUUCGAGCACAGGCAGGUCUCUCUCAAGAUUUCCGGGGAUCGAGUUCACAUGAAGCAGCAACACAUGCAAAUACUUGAAGCAUCGGAGGCUUUUGAAUAAGGUGAACAAGUCCAUUAAUCCAAUUCCGUACUUAAUAAGAUUUUUAUAGAUGUGUGUACGGGUUAUAGAACCGUGCUGUUUGAGUGAUUUUGUACCAUGGCUUGUGAUCUUGUGUAUGGUUGAGGAAUAAGGAUUUUGCAUGUGUAAAAGAGGGAAUGGGAACUUUUGCUUCUUCUUAUCAUUAAUAAUAAUUAAGGCAAGAUUCUUUUUA